UAUAUAAAUUAUAUAUAUAUAUAGAGGUUCAUGAAAAGAAACAAUUGUUGGUGUUUUAUAUUCAAAUUAUCUGGCAACCACUCCCAGUAAAGGGUCCAGUUUCCGGUGGCACCCACCGCCGCUGCUUUGGAUCCCUCUUCUACUUUAAUCCGUCUAGGGUUUCGUUUUUGUGGAUUUCCUUUUUUCGGUUUGAUUUUGUUUCAAUUCGCCGGUGGUUCAGCAUUUUUUGGGGCUGGAUUAACUGCUCUGAUUAGCUUUGGUAAAAUUUGUGGAUGGGAUCGAAGCCGUGGCUAUAUCCGGCGCCGGCCUACCGAAAUUUGGAAAGCUUCUGGGACACUGAUGACGACGCGCCGGGGCCGCGCUGUGGUCAUACCCUCACCGCCGUCGCCGCCACUAAAACCCAGGGACCCCGCCUCAUUCUGUUCGGCGGCGCUACCGCAAUUGAGAGCGGCAGCGGAGGCGCUCCUGGCAUUCGGUUAGCUGGAGUGACGAAUUGUAUUCAUUCGUACGAUGUUCUUACUAGAAAAUGGACCAGACUUCGACCAGCGGGUGAGCCACCAUCACCUAGGGCUGCACACGCGGCAGCAGCUGUUGGCAGCAUGGUGGUGUUUCAGGGUGGCAUAGGUCCUGCAGGGCAUUCAACAGACGACCUGUAUGUGCUCGAUCUGACAAACGACAAGUUUAAGUGGCAUCGAGUAGUAGUUCAAGGACAGGGCCCGGGGCCUAGAUACGGCCAUGUCAUGGAUUUGGUUGCACAGCGAUAUCUUGUUACUGUUAGUGGCAAUGAUGGUAAAAGAGUGCUAUCAGAUGCUUGGGUUUUGGACACUGCACAGAAACCGUAUGUGUGGCAGCGGCUUAAUCCAGAAGGGGAUAGACCUUCUGCUAGAAUGUAUGCAACGGCUAGUGCCAGGUCAGACGGAAUGUUUCUGCUUUGUGGUGGAAGAGAUGCAUCUGGCACGCCACUGGCAGAUGCUUAUGGCUUGCUCAUGCAUCGGAAUGAUCUUUGGGAAUGGACUCUGGCCCCAGGAGUAUCACCUUCCCCAAGGUAUCAGCAUGCUGCGGUAUUUGUAGGUGCUAGAUUGCAUGUUACUGGGGGUGCCCUUAGAGGUGGACGAGCAGUGGAAGGCGAUGCUGCAAUUGCAGUGCUGGAUACCGCCGCUGGAGUUUGGCUGGACAGAAAUGGGCUCGUGACUUCACGGGUAAACAAAGUACCAAGUGAUGAUCCCUCUUUGGAGUCUAUGCGUCGAUGUCGCCAUGCAGCUGCAUCUGUUGGUGUUAGAAUAUAUGUUCACGGUGGUUUGAAAGGAGAUAUUCUGUUAGACGAUUUUCUAGUUGCGGAAAACUCUCAAUUUCAAACUGACGUCAACCCAUCAGCCUUGAUGAGUGGUAGCCCUAGAUCGAACAGCCCUAAUUUAUCUCCAUUUUCCUCCACAUCAACUCCAGACGACAGAUCUGAAACACCCGCAUCUGGAUUUCUGGGUAUGGACAAAGACUCCAUGGAGAAACUAGCAGAAGCAUCUGCCGCUGAAGCUAAGGUUGCUAAUGCCGUGUGGCAAUCAGCACAGGCAGCAUCAGCUUCACCUGAAGAAACAUCUCUAUCAGAUGGCAAUUCACAAUCUGCAGAAACAACUUCUGAGGGUAGCGAUACAGAGGCUGAUGUUCGACUUCACCCAAGAGCAGUUGUAGUUGCAAAAGAAACUGUUGGGAACUUGGGAGGUAUGGUCAGACAGUUAUCCUUGGAUCAAUUUGAAAAUGAGAGCAGACGAAUGAUUCCAUCGCAUAAUGACCUUUCGAAUCCUACUAAAAAGUUUGCAAGGCAGAGAUCUCCUCAAGGCUUGCAUAAAAAGAUUAUAUCAACUUUACUGAGGCCUCGGAAUUGGAAGCCACCUGUCAACAGAAAGUUCUUUCUGGACUCUUACGAAGUUGGUGAGCUUUGUUAUGCUGCUGAGCAGAUUUUCAUGCAUGAAUCCACUGUUCUUCAGUUGAAAGCUCCUAUCAAAGUGUUUGGUGAUCUUCAUGGACAGUUUGGUGAUCUGAUGAGGCUGUUUGAUGAAUAUGGUUUUCCUUCUACUGCUGGUGACAUUACUUAUAUUGACUAUUUAUUUCUGGGAGACUAUGUUGAUCGUGGUCAGCACAGCUUGGAAACCAUAACUUUGCUCCUUGCUCUUAAGAUCGAGUACCCUGAUAAUGUUCAUCUAAUUCGUGGCAACCAUGAAGCUGCUGACAUCAAUGCACUUUUUGGUUUUCGCAUAGAAUGUAUUGAAAGAAUGGGAGAAAGUGAUGGGAUCUGGGCUUGGACGCGUUUUAAUCAGCUGUUUAAUUACCUUCCCCUUGCUGCGUUGAUAGAGAAAAAAAUCAUUUGCAUGCAUGGUGGCAUAGGGAGGUCUAUUAAUUCAGUAGAACAGAUUGAGAAACUGGAGAGGCCCAUAAGCAUGGAUGCUGGCACACUCGUCCUCAUGGAUUAG